CAGUGCUGGGCCGGUGGACUGAACGGGGCGGGAUUUCCGGUGCUGACCAGGGCCGCUGAAGGACGCUGUGAUCCGCGGUGUGAAGGUUCUGUUAGCAAGAAUGGCUGGUCACGAGAGCGCGUCCCAACACCAGUUCACUGGUAUCCAGAAAUACUUCAACGCCUACAGCAUAGUAGGCAGGAGGAACUGUGUGUUGGCGACGUAUGGGGCCAUCGCAGGCAUUUUCUUGUUUUUCAAACUCAAACCCAAGAAGAAAUCAGCCAUAACUGAGAAAACCCAGUGAUGGGAACGAGAUUCCCAUUGCGGGAGGGAUGGGGUGAGGAGCUGAGCCGCAGCGGCUGUGUAUGUGACCAGUGCGGUGCCUGAGCCUGGAGUGAACAUUGGAAUCAGGAGCUGUGCCGCUCAGCACUCCGGUGAUUGUAAUAUACAUUAUGAACUUUCAGAAAUAAAGCCUGUCACAAUAAUCA